AUGCUGGUGCUGGGUGUCCUACCACCAACUCUCCUGGGCUACACUCUCCUGUACCUCACUCGCCUAUGCAACGGGCAGGUAAUUCCUGUUCUGAACCAACAGUCUCCGACAGAUUACGCGCCCAUAGCCAAUGUCGACUGCCCCGACAUUUCCACCAACCCACUGGUCCGCCAAUUCCCCCCAGAGAAUCAAACACUUCACCCAGCCGAAGUUGAAUAUGUCGAAACACGGGCGUCCACCGUCCUCCCAGGCGCUUGGGCUGAUUGGCUCGGGGAUGGAUCAGCGCUUGGAUACGACUUGACCGCAUUCGAGGGCAACUUUCCGAAAGUAGGGAUUGCCAUCCCGGGUGGCGGCCUGAGGGCUGCACAGUACGGUGCCGCCUGUCUGAAUGCACUCGACGCCAGGAACAAUUCUGCAAAGGCUGCAGGGACGGGUGGUCUCUUGCAGGUCGCUUCGUACAUGACUGGUUUAUCAGGUGGAAGUUGGAUAACAGCCUCCUUGUUUUUCAAUGACUGGCCCACCCUCAAUGACCUCGUUUUCGGGCAUAACGGUCUCAACGGAUGGAGACUCGACACUCCUCUCGUAACACCCGAUGGAUCAAACAUCCUCUCCAAAGCCAACCAAUGGUACUUUGGUAGUAUCCUUUGGAGCGUAAUGGCUAAAGCGAAAUUCGUCGAUACCAGUUUGACAGAUCCAUGGUCCCGAAUGAUUUCCUACCACUUCUUGAAUCAAACGACCCGUGAUAACAUCUUUAGCAACGAAACAGCCCACGGUGCAGGCCAGCUCUGGUCCAAAGUCCCAGAGCUCGACUCUUACAAAGAAUUCCGUGCUCCAUUCCCAAUGAUCGUAGCAAACGCUCGUCCAGUUGGGUCAAAUGCGACAACUAUUCUGUCAUUGGAUGCUACAGUCUACGAGAUCACACCCCUCGAGUUGGCAUCCUACGACCCAGGUCUAUCAGCGGGGAUGAACCUGACCUACGCGGGCACGCAUCUCAACAAUGGUCGCCCAGAAAACGGCUCGGCGUGCAUGGUGGGUUUUGACCAAGUAGGGUUCGUGAUGGGAACCAGUGCAAGCCUGUUCAAUCAACUCUUUGACUUUGCCCGCAAUACCAUUAACGGAUUCUCCGAAUCCGACGAAGGGGGGUUACUAUAUGUUCUUGGGCGCCAACUCCGUGCCGUGCGAACACGUGCAGAUGAUGUUGCCAACUGGCCGAGUCCUUUCCAGGGCCUGAGGGAGGACACAUUCCAGGACAGUGACGCGAACUGGCUAGAACUUAUCGACGGGUCUUCUAACCAAGAAAAUGUACCUUACGGUCCACUGUUCGUCAAAGCACGCGGGUUGGAUGUGAUCGUCACUGCAGAAGGAAGUGCGGACAUUCCUGGUCUCAACUGGCCAAAUGGAAGUAGUUUGAUCACAACGAAGCAACGACAAGAAACCAUCCUUCGUCUCACCCAUCAGGCGUUCCCUCCUAUCCCCAAGACGCCCCAAGAAUUCAUCGAAACAGGUGUAAACGCCCGACCUACGUUCUUUGGUUGCGACCCGUCGACGCCAUCCGAUUAUCCGCUCGUUAUUUACCUCCCCAACGCGCCCCCUGUCAAUGGCGAUGACCCGCAUUCCAACACAGCAACCUUCCAACUAUCAUACACGCUGAAGCAUACCCGUCUAAUGUUCGACCAAAUCCACACCAACCUCAUUUCAGGAUUCAAACCCGAUACAAACGACGCGGAUCCAGACUGGGGCAUUUGCCUCCAAUGCGCUGCUAUCGACAGAGCGCGGUUCAAAGUCUCACCUACUGUCGAGCGCUCAGAGAAAUGCACGGAAUGUUUCCAGAGGUACUGUUAUGACCCACAGAACCCGCCUAGCAAAUCCCAGCUACCGAAUCGCAAGUUGGAAUUUGUCGAUCCAGAUCCCCAAGGUUUCGAUCGACUGGGUGGAUUCUUCCAUAGGAAUCGGUUCGCUCUUAUUGGAGGGUUGAUUGGGCUUAUCGUGUUUAUCGCCGGUUUGAUUGUUGGACUGUUAUGGUGGAAGAAGAAUCGCGAUCGUAAGAGGGAUUACCAGCGUGUACUGGCGUUGCACCAGGACGACGAUGACCCGUUGUUCCAGCACGGACAUUAUUCUUCCUACGAGAUGCACCAAAAGUAUGCAUCAGACACUAGUUAUGACCCACCAAAGCCGUGA